AUGGAUGAUAUUUCACGCAAUAUUGUUCCUAAUCGCAACAUUCUGAAAAAACCAUCAUCGAUAGCGUCUUCAAUUGGAAAUCUUUCUAUGAUUACUACAGACAACGUAACCAUCUGGACAGUUGACGAUGUCGCUAGUUGGUUAGCAACGAUCAAUCUGCACAAAUAUAUCGACCAUUUUAAAAGUAAUGAAAUUGAUGGUAAUACAUUACUAGAUUUUGAUGGAGAGAUGGAAAACGAAAUGAUUCCUGUAGGCAAAGAUCGUCUCGCGUUUCGACAAGCUCUGAGGCAAUUGCGUGAGGAACCCAAUACUACUAGGCCAACGACAACUCAUCCAUCGGCCAAUGAAAAUCCAUCGCAAUUAUAUGCAACACCGCAUGCUCCUUGGGAGACAACUAGAUUUGUUUACAAUGUCGGAGGUCAGUAG